AUGGGAAACACGACAUCAUAUCUAGAAAAAUUCAACAAAAAAAUCGUAAUCCUUGGUGGAGGCAUUGAGGGAUUAAUCUUUGCUAAUGUUUUGAGCAAUUUAUUUGACGUCGUCUUCAUCGAUUCAAAAUAUAACAUGAAAUAUUUAAGAGAUACAUUAGCUUAUUAGUUGCCUGAAAACCUUAUUUAAACUUACACAUUGCUGCUUUCAUCUUAAAAUGGUCACUUCAAACUCAUUGAGUGUGAGAGCAUUAAAAGUUUAGAUACAGAAAAUAAAAUAGAACUUUUAAACUUGAAAGAAGAGUCAACAAUCACUUUAUAAUAUGAUUAUCUAAUUAUAGGCUCAGUAAUGAAGAAAUAAAAUAACACAAUAUAAGAUGGAGUGAUCGAAUCAUAGUAAAACUCUAUUGUUUAUUAGGAUUUGAAUGAUUAACAAGGAAUCUUAAAACUCUUACCAUCUAAAUCAAAUAUUCUGAUAAGAGGAGACUGUUUAGUUUCGGCAGAGUUAAUCGGAGACUUUUUGAGCUUUUUUUAAGGAAAAAAUUUCAGUUAUUUACUAGAUAAAUCUUCUAACUUGUAAGAUUAUGAGCUAGAAAGCUUAUCAGUAUUACAUCAAAAUUUGAGACAGAGAGGCUUGAAUUUUGUUGAGUCGGAGGAAAUUUCAGAGUCUGAAUAUGACUUGGUCAUUGAUUGCAAGAAGAGGCUAUUGGAUACUGAGUUUUUAGCUACAAAUUUUAGCAGCUGCCUCGAUAGUAAGAAACAUAUUAAAGUUCAAGAUACAAUGCAAAUAGAACUCAAUCUAAAGAAUCCUAAGCUAAAUAAAAUGCAAAAUAUUUUCGCUUUUGGUGAAUCAACGUCAAGACUAGAAAAAUCUAAGCUUAUUAGCUAUGAUUAAAUAAUACAAUAGAUCUCAGUAAUCUUCAAAAACUUGAUUUAACUUGCCUAAGGAUAAUUUCCUACUUCUAAGAUAGACACACACUAGCCUUUCAUUUAUGUAAUUACUCUUGGAAGUGAAGAAGGUUUAGUAAAUAUCCGAGGCUUCUCUUUUAUUGAUCCUAAAGCUGUCUCUUACAAGAAAUAGCUCUUAAGGGCUCAUUAUCAAAAUUUGCAUCAACUCAAGUUACAAAAUACUCCUUCAACAAUUAGUGGUAAGAAAAGAGUUGUUCUAGCAAAAGCUGUUUAAAAGCUUAACUAUUCUUUAGUUAACUUCAUUCAAUCAUGA